AUGUAUUCGAGUUCAUUUGAUGAUGAAGGAGGCUGGUGGUGCUGCAGACUAGAUUCCAACUUUCGCCACAGGGUGGGCUCCUUCAUUGCAGGCUGCCUUUUUGUAGCAGGGUGGCUGAUCUGGAUCGAUGGCGCCGUGGCUGGCAACCAGUUCAGUGGCUGGAGAGAGCCACCGUGGUAUUUCUACUUGCCUGGCUUCAUCUCCACCUUCGUUCUUCUCAUGAUGAACAUGGUGUCGUUGAACGACAUGCACCCGUUCUCGCUCAUGUUUUCGGAAGACAUCAGCCACAAGGUGCGCGCGUGGCUGUUUGUGGCGUUCGCGAUCGGCUUCGGAGCAAUCGGGGCGUCCAUCUGGAUGUGCGUGGACAGCUACCAGCACGAGAGCGGCUCCAAGAUGUGGCCUGGCAUUUCGCUUAUCUUGCAGAACGCCAUCAUCUUCGCGUCGUCCGUGGUGCUCCUGUUCGCCAGGAAGACUGAGGAGGAGGAGAUGAUCAUGUAA